AUGACUCGAGGAAGAGGUACAGGUCAAGGAAUCAUAGGGCGUGCGGGCAAGUCAGCAGCUAGGACUAAUAUGCCUGUUCGUACUGCAAACAUGCCUACUAUUCCCACUCCUACAGUUGCACCACAAACAGCUGGUGGCAUAGGUGCUCCAACUUCUAAUCAUGGUAGUACGUCUCCUACUACAAAUCAUACCAACCCAACAACUAUAGGUACGUCUUCACAAACCAACCAAGUAGGUGAGGACAUAUCUUGUAGCAACACAAAUGGAGAAAGUAAUUCUAGUCGGAGCCAUGUGCGGACCCUUGUUACUAUAACUUUUGCAGGAUUGCAACCUUCUAAAGCAUGCUCCAAUAGGAUACACGAGUCUUUCAAAAGUGAACUUGAUUACAAUGGAGUCAAUUGGAAAGGUGUCUCAUGUGACAUAAAAGAUGACUAUUUUGGGGAAUUCAAGCGACUUUGGGAAGAUCCAAAGAGUGUUGAAAAGUCCAAAAUAAAUGCACAGAAUCGUCGUAGAGGCAAAGAAGUCGCUGCUGGAACUCACACGGGAGGAUCUAUCUCAAUUGGAGAGUACCGAAAGAGACUUGCUGCUGAAAUGGGUCGAGAUCCGACACCAAGUGAGUUACAUUUGCAUGUUCACACACAUGGUCAUGAUGGAAAAUCUUUCAUUGAUGAACGUUCCCGAAUCGUCCAUGAAAGAUUUGAAGAAAUAUUACGAGAAAAAACAUUAUCAGAAUCUGUUAUUGAUCAAUUUGAAGCAUAUUACCAAGCUGCCGGAGGAGAAAAGAAGCGAAGAGUAUUUGGUCUUAGAUCUGAAGCCAAAGGCUACUACGACCAAACUCGAUGUAUUUCUUGUGGAAGGACUUCAUCAUCAACUUCACAUAAAUCGGUACCAGCUACAGAUUCGGAUUUGGAUGAGUUUGUGAAGCGAUUGAUUCCCGCACUUAAAAAUCAUUUUUUUCCUAUUGUCAUUGAAGAGGUACAGAAGUUGGUUUCUUCACGAUCAGUUGUCACACCUCUGGCUACUCCUUUGGACGAUCUUGAUUCCUUAAAUGAUGAUUGCAAUGAUCUUGAUCAGUUGUGA